AUGCCGUUCCCCGCCGCGCUGCUGUUCCUGGCACUGCUGCUGCCGCCGCCGCCGCUCGCCCGCGCUGCCGAGAGCGAAACCGAAACUGGCACCCGGGAGCUACGGCUGGAAACGAUCGUGCCCCCUCCCGAGGGCUGCACGGAGCUGUCGGCGCCGGGGGACACGGUGCACAUCCACUACACGGGCAGCCUGGAGGAUGGCCGGAUCAUCGACUCCUCACUGAGCCGGGACCCCCUCCAGGUGGAGCUGGGCAAGCACCAAGUCAUUCCCGGUCUGGAGCAGAGUCUGCUGGACAUGUGUGUGGGGGAGAAGCGCAGAGCCAUCAUUCCCCCUCACUUAGCCUAUGGCAAGCGGGGAUCCCCCCCCACCAUCCCAGGUGACGCGGUGCUGCGGUUCGAGGUGGAGCUGGUGGGGCUGUCCCGGGCCAGUUACUGGCAGAAGGUGGUGAACGAUGUGGUGCCACUGCUGUGCCUGGGGCUGGUGCCGGCACUGCUGGGGCUCAUUGGGUUCCACCUGUACCGCAAGGCCAGCAGCCCCAAGCUCUCCAAGAAAAAGCAGAAGGAGGAGAAGAGGAACAAAGCCAAAAAGAAAUAAAAACCUUCCCCUUGGCAUCUGUGGCUGCUCUUCCUGAGGCAGUGAUGGGCACAGAGCAGUGGGAAGGGGCUGUGCACCCAUGAGGUCCCUGCCUGCUCCAGGGCCUUGAUGGGUCGUGUCAGACCUGAGCAGGAGAUGACAGACUCAAUGAAUCCCAGAAAUAAGACCCUGGAGCACA